GCGCGAGACAAGUCGAAGACGAAAAAGUUUGGAGAGUUCCCUUAUCGUGUUCCCUUGUCGGACCGAAGACCAAAAUCUUAACAUUUUAAAGGAUAUUACUGCCUGUGAUGCUCUGUUGUUCCUUGUCACAACCUCUUCGCACAAACUAAAUGGAAGACUGAACAUCUUGGAAUACGAAUUAAUCAACAAAGAGAUUGAGAACCUCACAAUGGAUUGCAAAGCAGAGCCACCCUACCCGACCGACUAUGAGGACAGUGACGGCGACGAUGACAUGACCACGUUCGGGCCACAAGAAGAUGGCGGCCAAUCGGACAUGGAAAACGAAUGUGAACGAGAAGGAUUUGACGGUCAGGACUCUGAUUCCGAAUCGAGAAUGGCGGGGCCGUCUUCGUCAAAUCAAGUCCCGCCAUGGCAGCAGCUUUAUAUAUACCCACCGGACCAACGGCCAACGUAUUUCGCCGGUUCGCCCGGGUCGUCGCCAAUCAUGAGGCCAUUUGACAUCGACUCCAGAGGAAGGCACAUGCGCCCUCGCCACCCCGGUGAUGUCCCUUUUCGACAGCCUACGGGACGAAAAGUAGUACGCCGAAUUUUCACAAACAGUCGCGAAAGAUGGCGACAACAAAAUGUGAAUGGAGCUUUCGCGGAACUUCGCAGGCUUGUCCCCACACAUCCACCGGAUAAGAAACUAAGCAAAAAUGAAAUUUUGAGAUUAACUAUUAAGUAUAUUCGACUGUUGAGUCGAGUGAUUGAGUAUCAGAAUAAUAAUGGUAUUGGGACUGAUAGUGGGGCGGGGAUGUCUCAUAGGCCGAGUCAUAUUGUCUACUCCCCGCCACGGCCACAUACCCCAACUGGAAAUACGCCCGAGUCUAGUUUUUAUGGAGACAGCAGUGCCGACGAGUCAAGUGUGUAGUCCAAGGAGUAAACACUUUUAAACUCCGCUCGCCACAUGCGGGUAAUUCGCCGACACCCGGUGUAGAAGUUGGAAAUAUCCUGGGACAACAAAUGAUUCUGUUAUGUGCUUUCAUCUCAGAGCUAUUGACGGUCACGGCCUCUAUACAAUGAACAUGUAGUACCGUAUACCAUAAUUUGUCAGAAUACAAUAGGGGAGGACACUUUGUCUGGAGGAUAUUUUUUACUUCUACACCGGCGACAUACUCAUCCAGUUCCGCCAUGUUCAGCCCUCUGACAGGUCAUUGUUCCUCAAAUUUAUGUAAAUACGUCUAGUCAAAAUGUUUACUCUCAUAAACAAUUGUUUGAGCCAAUAAAUGCUUUAUUUGA